UUGGAUGUGCGCGUGAAAAAUGUGAAAAGGAGCUUCUCGCAAUGGAACCGACGAGACGCUAAAAAUUCAGCGGCUCGAUGAGCCGAGGGAAGUGUAUACUGACCGCGGAUCCAAAUUAUUAUUUAUAGCUCAAUAAGAAGCGAAAUUUGAAGAAAUUUUUGAGCCCCGAAUAUAGCUUCCCGAGGGAAAUUUGACUGUGCAGACGCCUUUGCGCGGGUUUUUCCCAACGUUUUUUAUCCAACGCCCGAGGUUCGAGCACGAGACUCUUAUUCGGAUAAGUGUGGAUUACGUUAUUUACGCUUUUAUCACAAAAAAUCGUCAGCCGAUAACAAUGGACCGAUCAACCUCACCGAAACGGGCCUCUAUUCACGGCCCGUUGCCCACCAACCCAAGCAUACCCAGCUAAACAGCCGUCGUUCAUCCCUCGCGUCAGCCGCAACAUCAAGGUUCUCCAUCUCGAAUCGGCGAAUUAUGCGCGCGGCCCGUCAGCCGCGCCGCCUCGUCCGAGCCCAUCGCCAGCAUGUCUAUCGGCCUGAGUCCGGAAGAGCCGAGCUUGGACUACAACGUGACGGCCGGUCCGGCUGGGGCCGAGUUGAACCUGCCCUAUGCCGUCUGCGAGAUCCUCGUGGCCGUCUGCGCCGUCCUGGGCAACGGCCUGGUCAUCCUCGUCUUCACCAAGGAGCGAAAGCUCCGGCGACGCACCAACUACUACAUCAUCUCCUUGGCGACAGCCGAUCUCCUCGUCGGACUGUUCGCCAUACCGUUCGCCAUACUGGCGAGCAUAGGACUGCCCACGAAUCUGCACGCCUGUCUAUUCACCGUCUCGGUUCUCAUCGUGCUGUGUACCAUCAGUAUUUUUUGCCUGGUAGCCGUGUCCAUCGACAGGUACUGGGCCAUACUCCAUCCUAUGGGAUACUCAAGGACGGUGCGAACUAAGACUGCCAUAGGUAUAAUAUGCGUCUGCUGGGUGGCAGGAACGUUGGUGGGUUUCCUGCCGCUGCUGGGCUGGAACGCCGGCCACAAGUCCGACGAGAAGUGCAUCUUCACCGAGGUCAUGGACUACGACUACCUCGUCUUCCUCUACUUCGCCACCAUCAUUUUCCCGGCACUGCUGAUAGCGGCCUUCUACGCCCACAUCUAUCGGGUCGUCGUCAAGCAGCUGCAGCAGAUCGUGACGAUGAACCCAGGCAAGCGCAAGGAGAACCAGACGCACGGCACGAUGCUGCGUCUGCUCGGGGCGGCGCAGAAGCGCGAGGUCAAGGCCACGCAAAAUCUGUCGCGAAUCGUCGCCUUCUUCAUCAUCUGCUGGUUUCCCCUCUACACCAUCAACUGCGUCAUGGCCUUCUGCCCCCAGUGCGAGGUCAGCGAGUUCCUGCUCAACUUCUGCAUCAUUCUGUCGCACCUGAACUCCGCCGGUAACCCUCUGCUCUACGCCUAUCAUCUGAAGGAUUUCAGAGCGGCGCUGAAGAGUUUCAUACACAGGAUGUUGUUCCCCGGCAGGCCCGACGGAAAGGACGUGAUCGGGCCUCACGGAGGGCUCGUCAGUGUGAUUCAGGAGCCGAGAGGUUCGCUAAUGGGAUCUCAGAGAGGAUUGGGGUCGAAGGGUCACGUGGCGGGGUCGCAGCAACAGUUGCUGCAAGGUGGUAGCAGCAGGCACACUAGUUUGAUGAGGCAGCUUCAGGAGUCGAGAAUGCGGGACAUGCAGGCCACGGCUGCUGGAUCGCCGAAAGGUUCCAUAAACAAAGGCAGAUCGGCCUCCGAAAACUCGAGCCGACCAAACAAUAACGGCAACCACAACCCGAGCAAGCGACCCUCGUCGAGCAUGUCCCCGGUCUCGAUCCUCGGCUGCAAAAACCGUCGGACAACGGCGAGCAGCAGCAGUGGCGACAGUCCGACCGAUUCGGUCUGCGGCAACUCGAGUAUAAUAGUCAACCAGCAGCCCGACGAAACUACUAGUCUACCAACCGCCACGACGGCCACCACUAUGUUGGACGGCUCCUCGACGACGAUGGAGUUGCGAACCUACGAAUUCGAGGCUGCGCUUCAGUUCGUUGAUUGCGACGACGAGGACGACGACGAGAGGAUGACCACGACUACGUCCCAGCCGGAAUCGAUGCUGGUCAUCGAGGCGGACGUCAACCGGAGUGCUUCGUCUCGAGAGAGGCUCACCCUCGACGUCGACGAGGAAGAUAAGUCGUGUGCUAAAGCCAAAGACGGCUGAUGAAUCGUGCGUCCGCCUUUUGACUGGAUCUCAGUGGUAGAGUGAGAGUACCAGCUGACUGAGAUGAGGAACGUUUGAAGCUAGAGGACGAGUUGUAAGUUGAUUCUGAUGUCUGAUCUGCAGAUUUUUAAUGCAGAAGGAAGCUGCUGUUUAUAGUCUUUGUGUAAUAUAGCGAGAUGAAUUCGUAGGCUUAAGGAAUGUACUUUUUAUUCUUAUUAUUGAAUUAGCAAUCUUCGACGACGAAAUUUCUUUCCUGCGCUUGGAGGAAGACGUUUGAGAGUACAGAGUGUGACAUGUUCGGGAUGAUAUUUAUUUUUUCAUGAUAUUUUCGAUGAUGAGAAUACUAAAAAAGUGCUAGUCAUAGUACAAGAAUGUAUAGGUAAAUCUAAUAUUGAACAAAUUUCCUUUCCUUUUUACAUCAAACUUUAGUUGAAAUUUCAAAUAUUACAAUAUUCAAAAUAAAUAUAAAGAAUCACAUCUUUAAAACAUAAAUACUGUUCGAGAAGGUGCUUCGGUUACCGACAUUGUAUUAUAGCUUAUCAAUUAUUUCAGUGCACGUGUAGAAGCUGUAUGUAUUAUUGUAUACGUGCGUGUACACGUUUGGAGAAUGAAAAAAAUACAAUGUCUGGUAUGGAUGAUGUAUAAAUUAUAAAUAUCCAGACCGUUUCAAUGUUGUAUUUCAAAAACAAAAAUGGUUGUAAAUGAUAAUCAUUAUUUCUCGAUGAUUAAAAAUGCUAUUACAGAUAAACAUAUAGUGACGAAAUACAAAAUUUAGAAUAACUAUUUUUACUCAUUUUUCUUUUAUAUGCACAGUAAAUGUGAUUAUUUUUUAUAUCACCGAUAUUUUGAUACAUCUAGAUUAAUGAAAUGAAAUUUCUGUUUUUAAUUCAAGUUUUUAUCUUUCUGACUAUUUCAUAAAAUUUUACGUGUAUUUUGUAUCCGCAUUGUAAUAUAUAGAUGUAAAAAUUAUGGUUAAUAAUCUUUUAGUCACAGAUUCGUUGAUAUAUAGCGUGUAUAAUUUCGCUCGAAAGUUAAGUUAUAGUACAAUGCAAGUCUGAAAACUGCCAAAGAUAAAUCUAGAUUUAUCUUAUUUUCUAUUAUUUUAGAAAUAAAAAAUGAAUCAAUAAAUAUACUCAGCAUUUUUUAUUUUUUAACUUUUGGGCAAUAGAAAAAUGAAGAUUUAAAUUGAUGUCAAUAAUAAUUUAUUGUGAUCCCUAGUUUACAAUUGUUGAUUCAAAACAGUUCAUCUAUUUUUAUUUGUAAAUAAUUGUAAAGGAAUAAUGAUCAUUUAAGAUGAUUCUUAAAUGUAUGUAAUUUUACGAUUAAAAAUUUUAAUGUUGAA